AUGUUUGUGAGGAAAGCUGCUAAGCUUGAAAGAGCCUCAAUUGUCUCGAUACCAUUUCAAAGAAGAUGGGUACAUAUUCCUUUGGUGAUUGAAGGAAAAGAGGUCAGUACAGGUGAAAGCAGUCCAGUUUUUUCACACGAAGCGCCUUAUAAGGUUAUUCAAACAUAUAGCUUUUUAAAUUCAGGGACUUUUGCGUCAACAGUUCCAAGGAUUUGCGCUGCUUCGGACGUAGGAUUCCAAGAAUGGUCUUCUAAAACCUUCAUUGAAAGGAUAGAAGUGAUGAAAAAAGUAAGUGACCUAUUGAAGAAUAGAAAAGAUGAGUUCGUGAAGGCACACCAAGAAAUAGGAGGGCCUGAAUGGUUCUCUAACUUCAAUAUUAACCAUUUAAUCUUGCAAAUUGAGCUUUACAUAAGUCAAAUAUCGCAACCAGAGGGUGAAGUGGCCAAAGCUCUAAUUCCCCUGCUCGCAAUGACAAUUAGACAACCUAUGGGUUCCAUCUUAUCAAUGGCACCUUGGAAUGCUCCAGCUAUAUUAUGUGGAAGGAGUAUAGCAGCUCCAUUGGCAGCUGGAUGCUCUGUUGUUCUCAAGUCCUCGGAGAGGGCACCUCUUAUAUCCUAUUUAUUGGUCAAGGUGUUUCAUGACGCUGGUAUACCACCGAAUGCUUUACAAUUAGUUCAUACGAAACCUGAGGAUUCAGAAACCUUUGUUGAUGUCAUGCUAUCUAAUCCUCUCAUAAAGAAAGUAAACUUUACUGGAUCUACAGAUGUUGGUAGGAAGAUCGCAAUUACGGCAGCUAAAUAUUUGAAACCUACGUUACUUGAGUUGGGAGGCAAAAACUACUCCAUUGUCGAUAAUCCUCUAGAUUUGAAACAGUCGGCCCAAAAUAUUCUAUGGAGUGCUUGGUCUCAUCAGGGUCAGAUUUGUAUGUGUAUCGACAGUGUCUACAUUCACGAGUCAAUUUAUGACGAUUAUUGCGAUGAGUUGCUUCGCUGUGCUCAAACUUUGGUCCGAGACCCAGUCUAUUCUAUUCCUCAAAGAGACACGUCACAGGUAGACAAAAUAAUGGACUUAAUUGAUGAUGCUUUGCAAAAGGGAGCGAUAAUGUUAUACGGGAAGAGAAGUGAUGAAGAUACAGGUUCGGUCAUUCAUCCUAUGAUUUUAAAGGAUGUUACAUCUGAAAUGAAACUUGAUUCCACAGAAUCUUUUGGACCCAUUUUGACAGUGUAUAAGUAUACUGAUAAAGAAGAGGUUGUUCAAACAUUGAACAAGGCGACGAGCUGCUUGAAAGCAUCAAUAUGGUCACAUAACAUAAGUGAAGCAAUUGCGCUUGCAAAGAAAAUCGAGUCAGCUGGGGUUCAUAUUAACAGCUCUACUAUUUAUGAUGAGCCAACACUUCCACAUGGUGGUUUCAAAGAGAGUGGUAUGGGAAGAUUCAAUAGUUCAUGGGGAUAUGAAGAAUUUACCUACACGAAAACACUUACAAUAAACUAA